AACUUAUCAGAAUAUUUUAUUUGCAACUAGAAGAAGAAGAAAACUUUUUUACUCAAUUAUUACAGGUAAAAACUGGAGUGUUAAUUGGUUGAACCCACAGUUUAAAAACAAAGCUUAUUAUAAAGUUUAUUUUACAUUCAACAUUUCAUCGUUAACCAUUAGUAAAACUAUUAUUAUUGUUAUCAACUGUUCAACUCCCAGUGAUUGUUGUGUUUCCAGUUUGCAUUUGGUUUAACUUUAAUUGUGAUAUUGAAUUGGAAUCUUUAUUUUCAUGAAAAACCUUCAAAUGUUUUCUUGAUUCUACAUCAGUCACAUUUCAGUUUUGAUUUGUUGCCGUUACACUGAACAUCUGCAUUUCUGGUGGUUCCUUGAAAUUCAUCUUUUUUACUUUUAAGUUUACCAUUUCAAUUAUUGCAACUUUUGGUCAACACCAACAAUUCAAUGGUUUAUCCAAAGAUCAGUGAAACCUUUUUAAAACGUUUCACUUCACUUUUAAUUUUGGUUAACAUUAUUUUCACCUCAACAUGGUUACAAGUAGCUUCAGCUCAUCUGGCUUCAGUCAAUCAGGAUGAAACAUUGUUAUUACCUAACACAUAUCAUGGCAAUAUUAACAUUCAAUCUUUAGCAUCACCAUCUAAUCGAGUAGAGAAACGAUCCCUUCCUUAUACAGAUGAGGCUUUAACUCGAUCCUGGAAUAUCGUCAAUCCUUCGGCUUCCUCUUUUGUUGGACAGACAAGUUUGACAGACACUUCAGCCUCUUCUUCAUCGCCCUCAUCAUCAUCUUCAUCAUUGUUACCUCAUUCUUCAUCCUUAACUUCAUUAAAUGACGAAUACGAGACUGAUUUAGAUUCAUCCUCUGAACCAUUUGUUGGUGACUCUGAAUAUAAACGAGAUGGUUCCCGAUACGCUUUCGGUCUGGGCAAACGAGCUUCACCCGAAUCAAGAUAUUCAUUCGGAAUUGGCAAAAGGUUACCAGAAAUGUCUCGUUAUCUUGCUGGAAGCAAACGACUUCCAAAUAGAUUUCAAUUUGGUUUGGGUAAAAAGUCAAGAUAUGCAUUUGGUUUGGGCAAACGCGAUCUCUAUGAGUACAUUAAACGAAGGUACAACUUUGGUAUUGGUAAACGGGCUCCAUCUCAAAGAUAUACCUUUGGAUUGGGAUAAGAUUUAAAUUGAUCAUUGCCAUCAUUAUAUUAAUCCGUUAAGAAAAGUUGGAAAAAAAAGAUUUUUUUGUUCGUUGAAAACUGAAAACACAAAAACCCAAAAUGAAAACUCUUAUGUCAAAUUAUUCAAUGCAUAAUCAAUAAAACAACCAAAGGCAAACUCACAAGUUGAUGUUGAAACAAA